AGCAAACAAAGACGACAGCAACUACAGAUAAAAGAGGCAGCUGAGUGAAGAGAAAAAAAAAACAGAGAGAGAAAGAGAGAGAGAGAGUGAGAGAGAGAGAAGGGAGGGAGGGAGAAGACAAUUAGCUCCUGAUCCCUGUUGCUAUAUCGAGGCCAUGGAAGUCUUUCAAUCUCCGGUGGAAGCUCUUGCCUUUAAUUACGUGAGCUUCGGAUUUUUAGCCACCGUUCAGAGCUUCUUGACCUGUAUCGCCAUUGUUACUGCCGCUAUUAGUUUCUGGAGAAUCAGAGCCGUCGGCUCCAAUUCAUUCCAUGGAACCAAAUCGCCAUCAUCAGGUGAUUCAAAUUCUCCUCCUUCCUUCGACGGUCGCUGUCGCUCUACUGUAAAUCUGUCUUCUCCACCGAUGCAAGUAGUCUCCACCUGGUCUGCGCCUGAAUCAGAGAAGGAGAAGAAGGAGAAGCCAUUUCAUCAAGAAAAAAUUUGCUCUUCUUUCGGUGGCGUUGGAGCCAUCAAAUAUGAUGAUGACAAGGAAGGCAACGGCCACUGUAGGGUUAUCAAAGACAAGUUCACACUGUAUUAUCAAGGGGAGGAGGAUACUAUUCCUAUCGCCGGCGUCGGCGUUGAUGUCGUUUGCUCCUACCGGGAAGAGAUUUAUUACUCUGACGAACGAUGGUCUUGCGAUGUAAUUAGGAUGAGGAGAAGAAGUGAUUUGGGUUGGUACCAUUCUCAGGAUUUAACGGUGUUUAACGGUAGCGUCGUUAGGUUGUGGGACUGUCAUAGACGGAGAUGCCUUUCGCCGUCCAAUAAUUACUUCCUGGCUCUAUAAUUUUGAUGAUUAGAGAGAGAGGGGGUUUUGGUAGGUGUGGCCGGUGAGGGAAUUGAUGGUGCAAUUAAUCCAAUUGUAAAUACUUAUUUUUAUUGAGAAUGAAAUUUUCGAUUUCAUUUCGAAUA